CACACAAUCAACUUCAGUUCUCUCUACAAAUUGAAGUACCCGAACAACAAGUUCAAUUCAUCAAUGGCUGCUCGAGUUCUGUUUCUCACAUUCCUCGCUGUAACUUGCUCGGUUGCCUUGGCAUCUGAUCCUAGCCCACUUCAAGAUUUCUGUGUCGCAGAUCCUAACAAUCCAGUGAAAGUGAAUGGCUUUGUUUGUAAAGAUCCAAAUCUGGUGGAAGCCAAUGACUUCUUCUUCGACGGGCUGCGCAAGGCCGGCGACACCAAUAAUCCGGUGGGCUCGAAAGUAACUGCGGCCAAUGUGGCCCAAAUUCCAGGCCUCAACACUCUCGGCAUCUCUCUGGCUCGCGUCGAUUUCGCCCGCCACGGCAUCAACGCUCCCCACACCCACCCUCGGGCCACCGAAAUCUUGACCGUCAUCGAAGGCACGCUCUUGGUGGGCUUCGUCACCUCCAACACUGAAAACCGUCUGUUCACCAAGAUAUUGUACAAGGGCGAUGUUUUCGUUUUCCCUGUGGGUCUGAUUCACUUCCAACAGAACAUCGGCCAUGGCCGUGCGGUUGCGAUUGCAGCUCUGAGCAGCCAAAACCCAGGCGUUAUUACGAUUGCUGAUGCUGUUUUCGGGUCCAAGCCUGACAUCUCCACUGAUAUCCUUGCAAAGGCUUUCCAAACCGAUCCUGCUGUCAUAAGCAACAUUCAAGCCACGUUCUAGACAAGGUUAAAGAUUGUAACUUUAGCAGAAAUGAUAUCGUUUGACGCUUGUUGUCUCCUUCCCUUAAUUGAUUCUCAUUGUUCUUCCAGUUAUUGUUUGUGUAUGUUCUUUAUUAAAAUAUAAUAAAAUAAUUUGAAUAAAAGCUUAA